CUCGGUUAAUUGAAUAGGGGCAUAUGUCAAAAGUCCAAGCCACCCUCUGUUGCUGGUGCUGUGGCCGGUGCGCGGCUGUGUAUCAAGAUCUGUGCUCCGCGCUAGCUACUGUGGCGUUUUACUGUCUGGGCCCGUUGUGGGAGCCCAUGCCAGCCUCAUUGUCAGCUGCCGCCAUUGUAGGGCCUAUAGUGGCCAUGCGGGGCAAGGCAGGUAUAUACAUGUCAUACUCGUACUGGAUGCCAGGAAGAUGAAAUGGUUAGGAUGUCAAAAAGAGAGUCAGCACGCAGUACAUACAACGGAGGUAAUAGUGAAGAAGCAACAAACUAAUGCCGCUGGGUGCAAUAAACGAAUGGAA